AAAUUACCAACAGAAUAAUGCUAUGGUGCUUGAAAAUGAAUUUAUUUUAAAAGUUAAGAAACAAUUGAUGAUAAAUUUUAAAAAAUUAAAAUUUUCAUUUAUUUUUCUUUUAGUUUGAGGGAAAUUGAUUUAAAUUAUGGCCUGGAAUUUUUUAACGGGUCUUUUUGACGGGAAUAGAAGCAAAGGUGUUACUUUCUACGACGAUAAACUUCCCUCUCCGCCUUCCUGCGGAGGAUUAGUACCGCCGCCAGAACCCCCGAAAACACUUAAAAACAAAUCUUACGAUAAAUCUUUCGAUGCCGCCAAUUUUGAAUUCAAAGGCUUCACACCGCCGCCCAAAUCUGACAGUGAUACGAAUUACGAUUCUAAGGAUUAUUCAGAUUUCUUAUUAACGGAUAAAUCGAGGAGUUUGUAUAAUAGGCCGUCGGAGAUUGUUGAUAGAUUAUUCAAGAGUCCCAGGGCUAAGAACUGUUACGAGAGUAUAAAACUGGGCUGGAAAAUGGGCGGCGCCGUUGGCGGCAUUUUCGGCACUCUCACCGGCGUCUACGCCGCUCUCAAACAUCGCAGUCUCGUCAUCAUUCCAAUCUCCACUAUUGGAGGUGCAGUGAGUUUUGGAUUUUUUCUGGGCUGCGGAAUGAUCGUCAGAUGUUAAUUCUCACUAAUGUACUAACUACAAUGUUUUAUUAGAUUAGUUAUUGGGUUGGUUAGGUUUAACAUCUUCUUGAGCGAUGGACUUGAGUAGUGUGUCGACUUUGUCGUUGUUUAGCAUUUCAACAAAGGGCUCAAAUUCGCCAGUCUCGCCC